AUGCGGUUGUUACAUUUAUUGCUUACCUGCCUAUUGAGUCUGUCGGUGGAGUCCGCUUUUGCGGAUCACUACCAUCCGGAGCGGGAAAGCGUCCCGAGUUCUAGACGAGCCACGGCCGACGGUGCCGAGCUCACGGCCAAGUACUGGUACGAUGAGGCCGAAGCGGGCAUCAGGGCGAGGCGGGCGCGGCUGCGCCAAGGGAAGGACGCCGUGGCGCGCAACGUAGUGAUGUUCCUCGGCGAUGGCAUGUCGGUGCCCACGCUGGCCGCCGCGCGCAUUCUCCUCGGCCAGCGCAACAACCGCCCCGGCGAAGAGGAACACCUCUCUUUUGAAUCUUUCCCCACCGUCGGGCUCACUAAGACGUACUGCGUGAAUUCUCAAAUAGCGGACUCAGCUUGUACGGCUACUGCGUAUUUGUGCGGAGUGAAAAACAACAAUGGAAUGCUCGGAUUGACAGCCGCUGUACCGCGCAGGAACUGCACAGCUUCGCUGGACACCGCCACUAAUGUCGAAUCUAUUGCUGCAUGGGCCCUACAAGACGGUCGCGACGCAGGUAUCGUGACAACAACGCGCGUGACCCAUGCUUCACCAGCUGGAGUCUAUGCCAAAGCAGCUAACAGAAACUGGGAGAACGAUGCUAGGGUCAGAGAAGAUAACCAAGAUCCUAAUAAUUGUCCUGAUAUUGCAUAUCAACUCGUGCAUUCAUCGCCGGGUAAACAUUUUAAGGCGGAGGAAGAAGAGAAUUCUUACCAACAAAUAUGGUUGAUGAGGAAGGAACCGCAGGUCGGCGAACUGAUGGACGCAAUU